GGAUCUUGAGAAGCUGUAAUCUCGCGUCAACUCGUGUCAGAAAGGGAUUGAAGCGAGUGUCACUGAGGGCAUAGCCCUAUUGGCAGCUGACGUGCUAGCUACUGUGCUACAUCUCUCUUGCGGCUCGACUUCCUCCGUUGCUGUGCAUGUCCGAGAAUCAAUGUAACAUCAACAGUUGCAUCUUGAGACCACACAUUCAAGGUUCUAAUCAUGACCACAACCAUAUAAAGUGGCUUACAGGGGACAUAGGGCUACCCAUCCCACUGUGCCUCAGAGCUCUUCUCAGAAUGGACAACAGUACUGCCAUUUCUUUGCAACAACUUGAAGCUGCAGCUAACGUGCUCUUUGCUGGAAAUUGUGCUUGGAUUGCAUCACUUUGCUUCUAUAUGUUUGACUUGUUCCUCACAAUUGACCAACAAGUUGCAUUCAUCUGGAGCCGCAAGUUGUCCAUCCCUACACUACUGCUCUUGCUUCUGCACUUAUCAAACAUAUUGCUUCUUGUGACCUUUAUUGGAGAACAAUCACCUUUGAACUGCAAGUGAUUUGGCCUUGUGGUAUAGCAAUCUUGGGAGUGGUAUCAUGUUUUACAUAGUCACAGCAGUUAUUGCAGCUUUGCGCAUCUACACAAUC